CUACCUUCGUACCAACACCCAAGUGGUUCCUUAGAGAGAGAGAGGAGAGAGAGAAGGCGUGAGAGAGAUUUAUAAGCCUCCUUUGGGCAUAAAAUUUUUUUUGUGAACAUAGAAACACUCACAACUUAACAAAAAACAAAAAAUGGGAGAGGAGGAGAAGAAACCAGAAGCAGCAGAGGAGAAGAAAAUGGAGGAGAAGAAACCAGAAGAGGAGAAAAAAGAAGGAGAAGAAAAGAAAGUGGAGGCUGAUGAGAAAAAAGGGGAAGAAUCUGAGAAGAAAACUCAAGAAGGAGAGCCUACAAAAGAAUCCAAAGAUGAGUCUCCACCGGCGGCGCCGGAGGCUCCAGCACCACCUCCUCCGCCGCAAGAGAUUGUCCUUAAGGUUUACAUGCACUGUGAAGGCUGUGCUAGAAAAGUCCGCCGUUGCCUCAAAGGCUUUGAAGGAGUGGAAGAUGUGAUGACUGAUUGUAAAUCGGGGAAAGUGGUGGUGAAGGGAGAGAAAGCUGAUCCAUUAAAAGUAUUAGCCAGAGUUCAAAGGAAGACCCACCGUCAAGUUGUGCUUCUUUCUCCGAUUCCCCCGCCGUCUCAACCACCGGAAAAGAAAGCAGAAGAGGAGAAACCUAAAGUGGAAGAGAAGAAAGUGGAGCCUCCCGUAGUGGUUACGGUGGUCCUCAAGGUUCAUAUGCACUGCGAAGCUUGUGCGACGGAGAUCAAGAAACGGAUCAUGAGAAUGAAAGGAGUGGAAUCUGCUGAAUCGGAUUUAAAGGGUUCUCAAGUGACGGUGAAGGGAGUGUUUGAACCGCAAAAGCUAGUAGAUUACGUUUAUAAACGGACUGGAAAACAUGCUGCGAUUAUGAAAGUUGACCCACCGCCUCCCCCGCCACCUGAGGUUGCGGCUGCAGCGGCAGAAGGAGAGAAGAAAGAAGAAGCAAAAGGAGAAGAAAAGGACGGAGGAGAAUCCAAAGGCGAGGAAGGGAAAGAGGAAAAGGCAAAGACGGAUGAAGAGAAGAAAGAAGGAGAUGGCGGCAAAGGGGAAGGUGAAGCAGCGGAAAAAGGCGGAGGUGGUGAAACCGGUGGCGGGGGUGAGGAGGAAGAAGCAAAAGUUGUGGAGGUAAGGAAGAUAGAGAAUCCUUAUUACUACUAUCUUUACCAACCGCCCCGUGUGGCGGUUCCACCUAUGGAAAUGCCGUCUUAUGCUUACCCGCAUGCUUAUCCGCCUCAACUAUUCAGCGACGAAAAUCCAAACGCAUGUUCCAUAAUGUAACAAAGAAAACCGCAAACGCUAAAUGGUUUAUAUGGGGAAUAUUUGAACAUUUUUGAUUCAGUGGAUACACGGUGGAUCUCUCUUUGCAUGUGGUCUUCUUUUUA